AUGUUUGGCAAGAUCGCUCUCGAAGAAUGCUGGACGAUUCAAGAAGAGUUGGCAAACAAUGACCCAGGCAAAUUCGUCGCCGCUGGAACUGGCUCUCGUUUGACAAACGAGCUGCUCGACAUUCACGAUAUGCGUUUGAAGCAGAUGGAUGAGAAUAACGUCGAUUUUAUGGUUCUCUCAUUCAACUCUCCCGGCGUCCAGGGCAUCGCCGACAAGGCCAAAGCCGAGGCUCAGGCGACGCUGGCGAAUGACCGCAUGGAGGCUGAGGUGAUGCAAGCGCCUCAUCGCUUUGCAGCAUUUGCCGCGCUGAGCAUGCAUGACCCUGCGCAGGCGGCGGCAGAGUUUCGUCGCUGCAUGACGGAGAAGAAGGGCUUUGUUGGUGUGCUUCUCAACGACUACCAGAGCUGUGGUGAGGAUGGGAAUGGCAUGCUGUAUUACGACCAGCCGGAAUACGAUGUCUUCUGGAAGGCAGCAAAUGACCUUGAAGCACCAGUUUACAUGCACCCGCGACCCUCUAAUAAGCUAAUUCAUAAGCUUAUGUGGGAUGGGCGCCCGUGGCUCGAUUUCUCUGCUUUAGGGUAUGCGGACCGGCUUAACAUGCAUAUCUUGGGAAUCGUUACCAAUGGCAUCUUGGAUCGAUUUCCCAAGGUGAAACUGAUUUUUGGGCAUAUGGGCGAGCACAUCCCGUAUGAUAUCUAUCGUAUUGAUCAUAAGCUUGACCGCAGCCGGUUUCCUAACAUGCCGAUGCGCAAGGACAAGCUUGUUCGUGAUUAUUUUGGCGAGCAGCUCUUCAUCACGACUUCUGGGCAUUUCUCGACGCCCGCCUUGAUGUGUGCCAUGGGAGAAGUUGGGGUGCAGUCCAUCAUGUUUUCCAUCGACUAUCCUUUUGAGAGCAUUCCCAACGCUUGUGCGUGGUGGGAUGAGCAUGUAGCUGCCAGUGUCAAUCAGCAUGACUACACCAACAUGGGCCGCAAUAAUGUUCUUAAAAUUAUUCCUAGGCUGACUCAAGCGCCGCACAAUCUAAAGGCUAUGACUCCACAAGAGUGCAGAGUGGGAAGGUUGGCGGCGGAUGAAGGUGAGGUUUGUUAUGGUUUAUACAAUAAGUCGUGGAAUAAGCGGGAGAUUAAAGUAGUGCCGUAUAAUUAG